CCUCUCAUUUCCUGCAUGUGGUUGGGAAGAGGAAUCUUAGAAGACGAGCCCCACUCUGUAGCAGCUCAACUAACCAUGGGCGGUGAUGACACCCCUGUGUGCCUCUCUGUCGCCUCAUGCAAGGGAGUGAGUUGCUGGCUGGACAAACUCUUAUUCUGGGCUCUUACUCUGUCUAUCACACUUCGAAACGCCGCCGUGGAUUGUAGGAGUGUGAACAGAAAUGGAUUUCUUUCUCCAAAUCUGAACUCAAGUAUGAGUGUGGUCAGGAUGGGCCAAAAUGUAUCUCUGUCUUGUUCCAGCAAGAACACAUCCAUAGACAUCACCUAUUCGCUCUUUUUGGGUAAGAGUUACCUAGAAAGCAAGAGGAGAAGAGGGGGAGCUGUGGAUUUCCACCUGAGGAUCUCCAAUGCCAACGAGUCAGGCCCCUACAAGUGCAAAGUCAAUGAUUCCAACUCGUCGAAAUACAGUCAGAAUUUCACCUUCACAAUCGUCCAGGAUGAAAGCUGCUCUUCUUGUCUACUGUCGCUGUUGCUCCCAGGGGUGUUACUGGGGCUAAUACUCCCAGGCCUGGCUUUUUUGAUUUAUCUGAAAUACAAAAAAGGGUGCGCAGGAAAGACUGUGAGAGAGAAUGAGUCCAAGGGUUCUGGAGAUGCGCCCACCCAAGGGGAGCUGUAUGCGAACAUCUGUGAAACUCAAAAAGGGUCAGAACAACCCCAGGAGAUACACUAUACUACUCCAGUCUUCAAACAGGUGGCACCCACAGAACAAGAAGGCCUUGAGGAUAGAAAAGACGAUUACAUCUACUCUGAACUCACCUACUAAAGUGCGAAGAAACUGACUGUAUCCUAAUAUAAGAGACUUUCCAGUAAGCUGAUGCGUACGAAGAAACAGGAAAUUCACCUGGCACUUCAGAGUUUCAUCCUAGGCUGGGGCAGGAGGAUCCUGAGUUCGAGGCCAGCUGGCACUACAUAGCAAGACCCUGUCUUAAAACACAAAGAUCAAAAAAGAUUUAACCUGGUCACCGAAAGUGAAUGUAUUUUUCACAUCUGGACACUAUUAUUCCUUUGGCUAACUUGGCCAUCUAAUCUUGUCACCAAAGUAGCCAGGCUUGAUAAAGGUUAAAAAAUACUUCGGUUUUGUGGCCUUCAGCCGUUCUCACUUUCCAACCCAAUUUUAAAUGGAAUUAUCCUGGGGCUGCGGAAGUGGCUCAGCAGCUAAGAGCAGACACUGCUCUCCCAAAGGAUGGGAGUUUGAGCCCAGAGUCUACAUCCCAUAACUCACAGUUGCCAAUAACAUUGUUUCCGAAGGAUCCAUUGCCCUCUUCUGGCACCUGCAGGCACUACACUCAUGUGCACGGACACACCUAAAUGCAUAAUUAAGUAAGUUGGGGCUGGAGAGAUGGCUCAGUGGUUAAGAGCACUGACCACUCGCUCUUCCAGAGGUCCUGAGUUCAAUUCCCAGCAACCACAUGGUGGCUCACAACCAUCUAUAAUGGGAUCCGAUGCCCUCUUCUGCUGUGUCUGAAGACUGCUAUAGUGUACUUAUGUACAUAAAAUAAAUAAAUCUUUAAAAUAAAUAAAUAAGUCUAUGGGCAUACCACCCUGAACAUGCCCAAGCUCAUCUAGAAGUAAAUAAUAAAAUAAAAAAGUUAAUCUUA